AGAGUAUAUAUGUAGUCAAGAAGCUCCAACUACUCCUCUCAAAGAUAAGCAACGGUCACUGUUCGGUGGCACAGACGGAGCUGCGGACACUGAAUCGAUGCAUGAAUCUUUGCACAGUGACGAAACCCCCAAAGAAUCUCGCCUUCCACUCACAAGUUCUGAACACGAUGGGGUGACCACAGAAGCCCAAAUUCCCGUCACAAGCUCGACCUCUGUCAAGCCUGGAUCCCCAGAGCUUACCAUCUCGGAGCAUCCAACCAAUAACUUUGAAAAACAACCCAAAUUACCCCAGCCGGAGGUAUUUGGUGACCCGGAACUGACUCUCAUCAAUGAUAUUUUGGGUCCUGCUCUUUCAGAUUCCAGCAGACCACGGUCUUGAAUUUCGAGUCACGAACCUGGGACGGUAUAAGAUGGUGGAGAAUUGCUUUCUGGCCGAGUUGGUCUAUUGUGGAGACCUGAUGAUACCUCUUCGCCGGUGCAAUCAGAAUUUCUACGGGAUUAUCAAAGGUUUCACGGUGGACCAAGAGAUCAAAGCGGAGAUUAUGCCUUGCUCUGGCGCCGCAGAGGGCACCAAAGACCAGCAGAAAGCUAUUUGCAUUCGGUAUCAGGCAUUCUGCUCGGUGAAGCUCCACAAUCGUUGCUUCUGUGCUGAAAAAUGCUGUGUUCUACUAUCGAUAGAUGGUGGGCCAGAAGGCUUCUUUCGAACCGAACUUGACACCCGAAAGACAGGGCUACAGGUAGUUCAGAUCGCACCGGAACAUGACACGCCUUUGGGUACCUCAACCCUACAAAUCAUUUGCAACCCGAAGAACUACGAGAUGCUCUGUGUAAGCUGGACGGUCAAGCUCUCUCCCAACGACAACAAGAAAGCAAGCAGCUGGCUUCCAAGAGUCUACCCUGGACCAUCUGGUUCGAAUGAUCGUGCUAAGCAUUAUCUCAGAUACACUCACCUGGAACGCGGCGAUGAAUCCCCUGCUAAAAGUGCAGCGAAUCACCAUCCUGGAGAGUCUUCCAGUAAGAUGACGCCUGAAGGUUCCGAGGCUGGCUUGCAGACACAGGAGCAGCCGCUGGGGCAUUUAUCGCACUCUGAAGAGUCCGGCGCUGCAGAUGCUUCUCCAGUGGGGGGAACGGAAGAGGGAGCGAACAUUGGCGAAGGGGCCUUCCGAAUGACGGCAGGAGAAGUCAUGGGCGUUGGUGAAGAAGCUCGUGGUGCAGCUAGUGGGGUGGAUGGUGGGGAGAUUAUACAACGUGGCGAGGAUGCGAUAGCUGGUCAGAAUGGAAAGCACGCGAGUCUUGCAACGAAGGGUCUUGUUGUGGUGUUUUGCCUGGGGGUUGCUGUGGGUGGCAUGUUUACCUCUGUUUGGCUUGACAACAUAUACACCAAUGCUCUCAGUCGUUCAUUUCGAGGCUCAUCGCAACCACCUGUCAUCAUGAGUGAAAGGGGCAUUAAUUUGACUAGCGAGGUGAGCUCUGUGGCGGCGGACGAGAACCACUCUCAGCAGAUGUUACAGCUGAACAACACUGAGUCAGUCGAAGGGGAUGUCAAUUUGUCGGAGGAGCCGACUGAACAGGAGUCUGUUGAUGCAGAGGAGGUCGAAUUGGAGGAGCUGGGAAGUGGAGCAGACGAAGUCGGAGAGAAGCAGCAGCCACUCCAUCCACACCAAACCCGCUCAUUCCGGGACCAGGUGGAUUACUGGCUGGGAUGGCGUGGGCCGAUUGUGCCAGACGGUGGCCAAGUGUGAGGGAUUUGUGCUGAGAUCGAGAGAAGCAGAACCUGU